UAUAAUCAAAUAUUUACAUAAGUUAUCAUAGUGUGUCUUUUUCAGUUUAAAAUGCUUAGAGCUUCUAAAAGAAAAAGGGUGGUGCCCAAGGGAAGAGGAGAUAGCGUGGCUCCGGCCGCUAAGAGAAGUGUCUUGCGUCGAAAAGUUGGAGAUGUCCAUGAUAUCAGAUCAACAGAGAGUCCAGUGGCAAACAUUACACUAGAUACAGAUACAGAAGUGAUGACUAUGGCUCCGGUCCCGGUCUCAACAACCGCUACUGAACCCAUUACGCCUUCAGUUUCAGAUUCUCCUAUAAGGGUUUGGAUUGUUGGGUCGUCUAUUGUUAAGAAUGCGUUUGUGGAAUCAAGGCAACGCCCGGGAGGAACUAAUUUGGCUUUGAAUAGGUUGGGAGUAAAUAUCUGGUGGCAAGGAACCGGUGGACUAACUCUCUCUAAGAUGAAAAAUCGCAUUAGAUUAAUGCUGAGACUUGAAGAUCCUCCCAGCUAUAUUAUAGUGCACAUUGGGGGAAAUGAUAUAGGUAAUAUCAAACUAGGUUACUUACAUUUCCAGUUGGUUAAAUUUAUGUCAUGGUUAUCAAAUAAAUUGCCUGAAACCACAUUAAUUUGGUCGCAAGUACUACCAAGAUUGUUGUGGAGGUAUUCAACCAAUGGGAAUUGUAUGGAGAAGUGCAGACGUCGGUUAAACAGCUCCAUUGGUGUCCACAUGACAAAGCAUGGAGGCUGUUACAUUCGAUAUCCUGACAUAAAAGCUACACAUAAGUUCCUAGCACAAGAUGGGGUGCAUUUAUCUAAGAUAGGAAAUGAAAUUUUUCUGAAUAUAAUACAGGGAGCACUAGAAACAAUUAUUUCCAGUAAGACGGGUGGCAUUACUUUUCCAGACGACUAUUAUACACUUUGAAUUUUGUUAAUUGACUCGUUGUAAAUAUUAU